UGGGAUUUUGAUAUUGACUUUGAUUUCUCUAAUCUUUACUGACAGCCUCACUGAAUUUUAUCCCUGGCGAUCAGUGCAGAAAAGCACACCCUUAAUUGAAAUUCGUGCUGGGUGUUUCACAAAAUAGACGUGUUUUGUUUCCUUGGAACUUUGUAUGCCAAGGUGUCCCCGGGGGCUGGGCGCCCUGUCGGAGCGCUGCUGAUUCUCCUUAGCAGUGUGUGCUGAUACCUCAUUCUGCCCCUUUUUUAACUUCAGAUGGCUGCUUUCUCUUUUGUCCUUUAAAGGACCAACAACCAUAUUUUAUAUUAAAUAUAAAAUGGAGUCGCGGAGAAGGAGGAGGGCGAUUGUUUUUCACUGGAGCUCUGCGAAGCCCCAUUGGCUCCGAUGUUGGCUGUAGCUUUUUGCAAUCUGGACUGUAGAAAAUGCAGAACAAGAGUACUCAAGGUGAAGGAUAAUAAUCAACUAGCAUCAGCACUUUGAAGGAAAUUUUGUUUCCCUGUGGCAUCUUGAACACUUUCUUCGUGUUUUGAAACAGACUUACACCUUUGUGGCAUAGCAGCUAUGCAGCUUGAAAUCCAAGUAGCACUCAAUUUUAUUAUUUCAUAUUUGUACAAUAAGCUUCCCAGACGACGUGUCAACAUUUUUGGUGAAGAGCUUGAAAGACUUCUUAAGAAGAAGUAUGAAGGGCACUGGUAUCCAGAAAAGCCAUACAAAGGAUCAGGGUUUAGAUGUAUACAUAUAGGGGAGAAAGUGGACCCAGUCAUAGAACAAGCAUCCAAAGAGAGUGGUUUGGACAUUGAUGAUGUUCGUGGCAACUUGCCUCAGGAUCUUAGUGUUUGGAUUGACCCGUUUGAGGUUUCAUACCAAAUUGGUGAAAAGGGACCAGUGAAAGUGCUUUAUGUGGAUGAUAAUGAAAAUGGAUGUGAGUUGGAUAAGGAAAUCAAGAACAGCUUUAACCCAGAGGCCCAGGUGUUCAUGCCAAUUAGUGACCCAGCAUCUUCAGUGUCUAGUUCUCCUUCUCCUCCCUUUGGUCACUCUGCUGCUGUGAGCCCAACUUUCAUGCCCCGCUCCACUCAGCCUUUAACCUUCACCACUGCCACAUUUGCUGCCACCAAGUUUGGCUCGACCAAAAUGAAGAAUAGCGGCCGUAGCAACAAGGUCGCCCGCACUUCUCCCACCAACCUUGGCUUGAAUGUCAAUGACCUGUUGAAGCAGAAAGCCCUUUCCUCCUCCAUGCACUCUCUCUACGGGCUUGGCUUAGGCAAUCAGCAGCAGCAGCAGCAACAGCAGAAGACUUCUGCCCUUUCUCCUAAUGCAAAGGAGUUUAUUUUCCCCAACAUGCAGGGUCAAGGUAGCACCGGUAGCGUAUUUCCUGGUGACAGCCCCCUUAACCUCAGUCCUCUCCAGUACAGUAAUGCCUUUGAUAUGUUUGCAGCCUAUGGAGGUCUAAAUGAAAAGUCUUUUGUGGAUGGCUUGAAUUUUAGUUUAAACAACAUGCAGUAUUCUAACCAGCAAUUUCAGCCAGUUAUGGCUAACUAAAAAUAAAACAGAAGUGACAUACGAGUAAAUACUAUUGUACAAGUAAAAAUGCACGUACCCAAGGGUGUAUCUUUUUUUCCACCUCUUGAGAUAUUUUUUUUUUUAAGGCUUGUAGUAUGAAUACAUUCAAGCUUGGUUAGAGAAAUACAACAUGCAUCAUUUUUUCAUUUGCCAACCAAGCACAAAAUUAUUUUAUACUGAUUGUACAUUAAAAAAUAUACUCUCAAAAUAUGGCCUCUUACAGUAUUUAAGAUAUAGCAAGGACAUGGCUAAUUUUUUGUGUGUAUAUAUAUAUAUAUGCACGCAAACAUAUGUAUAUAUAUAUUAAAAAAUUGGCACUAGUAAGUGGGUUUAUUGGUCUUUUUCUAAUUGUAUAAUUUAAUUUAGUACAAAGUUUGUAAAAUAUCAGAGUAUAUAUAUUGUUUCUACAACAUGGUAUUGCAUUUAUAUCUUUUUACUACAGUGAUCUGUGACAGCUGCAGCAGCUUCAUGUUGUAUUUUUUUUACUGAAAUUGUAAGAUAUCCAUCUUAAAGACAUCGAUUCUAAAAAAAAUAUAAAAAGUUGUGUACAGAAUAUUCCUUAGUGGUGGAAUCAAAAAUGUACGAAAUAUUUGCUUUUUUCAAAAGAAACACAAAUUGUAUUUUCUGUUAAAAGUUUAAAGAUUUUUGCUAUAUAUUAUGGAAGAAAAUGUAAUCGUAAAUAUUAAUUUUGUACCUACAUUGUGCAAUACUUGAAAAAAGGUAUAAAAGUAUUUUGAGUCAGUGUCUUACAUGUUAAGAGGGACUGAAAUAGUUUAUAUUAAGUUUGUAUUAAAAUCCUUUAAAAUUA